AUGGGCUCAUGGUCCUACUACUGCGCAAUAUGCGGCUCCACCUUCCACGGUCCCGACCUCAUAUCCCGCAAACAACGCACCCCCCGCUUCCUCUUUCGCCAACAACGCGACGCCGCCUUUAACAAACUAACAUCCACCUCCCCAACCAACAAAAUCGAUUUCAGAACCUUCAACGCCGAAACAGCCGCAGGAGAAAACAAUCUCGACGCAGAGUCCCUCCCCAGCGAAGACGAAGACAAUACCUAUGACCCCUGCAUUAUAUCCAAAGAAGACGCAGCCUGGUCCGAAGAUCUCCAAUGUCUCGGUGUGAAUUUUGAGCAUCGCCCUCGGAGGGCUUUUCUUUCUGAUAUUGGUGGUGAUUUGGAUCUGGAUUUGGAUGUUUUGUGGGGUGUUUUCCGCCAUUUGCAGGAUUACGCACAGCUUGAUAUUGACUAUGGACGACCUGGUCCACCGCAAGAUCAACACUGGCUUGUAAAUUCCGGCGAAGAACUCUUUAUCGCGGAUCCUGGGAAGCGAGUCCAUAUCCACGACAAUGUGAAUCAUAUGUGGGAUGAGAUGGUAUCGUCUGUAGAGGUCUCGAACUCGAACUCGAACUCGCAUACUAUGGAGAACUCGUCGGAUCCAUUUGUUCUCCUGCUUGAAGUACUACCGCUUCUCACAUCUCAACUUUAUCCUGAGUCAUUAUUAAAUCUUAUUUCGGCCUCGCCGUCUUUACGCCGUGGUCUGGGUGGAAAUUUCGCAUACUGGCGCCGCCGAUUCGAGACAGAUAUGCCGUGGUUCUUUGAAGUUCACUCUUUCUUAGACUCGCUCGGUACUGUGGCUGUUGGAGUUCCGAAAAUCUCGUUUUCGCAUCUCUUUGCUUGGGCGUAUCAUACUACUACGCCGAGGGUAGGGAUAAAGGGUCCUUUUAUGGGUGUUGCUAAUCGGAGGCGGAUUUGGGGGUAUAGACUCGAGUCUGAGUCUGAGUCUGAGUCGGAAGUGGAAGUGGAAGAAGCUCAGUCGCAGUGA